AUGAGCAAGCACAUGCGUCUCAAGGACUUCCCAAGCUUCAUCCGCUCCACGGACCCCGACGAGUUCAUGGUCCACUACGCCAUUAGGGUGACGGGUCAGAUAGCCGGCGCGGACGCCGUCGUCCUCAACACCUUCGACGAGCUCGAGCAGGACGCACUCGACGCCAUGCGCGCCGUGAUCCCACCUCCCGCGUCCAUCAACAACAUCGGCCCGCUCGCCCUCCUCGCCGAGCAGAUCGUGCCCAGGGGCGGCCAGCUCGACUCGCUGGGCUCCAACCUUUGGAAGGAGGACGUCUCCUGCUUCCGCUGGCUCGACGGCAGGAAGCCCAGGUCCGUGGUGUUCGUGAACUACGGCAGCGUCACGGUGAUGACCAACGCGGAGCUGGUGGAGUUCGCGUGGGGCCUGGCCAACAGCGUGGGGCCUGGUCAACAGCGGCCACGACUUCCUGUGGAUCAUCCGGCCGGACCUCGUGAGCGGCGACGCCGCCGUGCUGCCUCCGGAGUUCCAGGAGGCGAUCAAAGGCGCGGCCUGCUGGCGAGCUGGUGCCCGCAGGACGCGGUGCUGCGUCACGAGGCGGUGGGCGUGUUCCUGACGCACUCUGGAUGGAACUCGACGCUGGAGAGCCUCUGCGCCGGGGUGCCGAUGCUGGGCUGGCCUUUCUUCGCGGAGCAGCAGACCAACUGCCGGUACAAGUGCACGGAGUGGGGCGUGCGCGUGGAGAUCGGCCACGACGUGCGGCGGGAGGCCGUGGAGGAGAAGAUACGGGAGGCCAUGGGCGGGGAGAAAGGAAAGGAGAUGCGUCGCCGCGCGGUGGAGUGGCGGGAGACCGCCGUGCCUGGAGAAGCUGGUGACGGACGUACUCCUCUCGGGUGGCAAUGGCAAGAGUUGUUAAUCCUCUUUGCUAUUACCACUGCUCCAUGUGCGUGCAUACCCAUGCCACGACGGCACGACCGUACCAUUUGUUUUGGGAUAAAGCUCAACUAUAACAUGCAUCGUCUGAGGUUCUGA